AUGAGCGAUUCAAAUAACGAAGACGUUAUAAUGGAGGAAGAAUACAAUACCACCGAUGAGCUAUCUACACAGGAGGUAAGCAAAUCUGAGGAUACUGAGAAAAGCGGAGAGAGAAAAGGGGACGAAUGCAUGGAAAGGGUGCGCGAAGCACUAAAAAAGAUAACAGUGAUAAUGAGUAAUACAAAGAUCCCCAAGCGAGCCAGAGUUGAUUUGGAAAACAGCGUAGAUCAGAUAACUGGGGCGAUUGAAAAACUAGAGAGUGUGAUGAUGCGUGACAAUAUGGUGAUCCCGCAAGAACUGAUGAAGCAAAUCACAGAUACGCUUACCCAGAGGGGAAUAGAGUCAGAAGAAGAAUGGAAGGAGUAUAUAAAAACUGUCGAGAAAGAUGGAGAGCUGGUGAACGAGUUGUGUGAACUCCUACAAACAGAUGUUUUCCAGCUCAAGAAAACAAUCGAGUCAAGAUGCACCAAGCCCAUCAGAAAGGAGAGGCUCGAGCUACAGUCUGGUAAGGGCACCAGGCAAGAUUGCGCAACGCAAACUGUAAUCACCUCAGGGCAAAAUACAAUAUUGCAGGAGAAAGCUUAUUCGACUGGUCUGACAUCUGCUCUCAGCUGGCAGACACAUGGAAUGAAACCACCGGAAGCAAUACCAGUGCGAGAGGACGCAGGUACCGUGGCCAAUUUCCAGUUAGCAAACUACCUGAGGGCCAUGACAUGUGCUGAUCCGGGAGUAUUCAAAGGGUCGAAAAGCGAAAACUUUCAAGAAUUUCUAAGAAAAUUCAAGCGAAAGUAUGAGACCAAGUUAACAAAGUACAAGCCAUUAGCGUGGAGAAACAGAUAUGCUCAGUACCAGGGCAAGGAAGAAAGGACACAGAUAUGGCAGAAGCCGAUAACGAGACCAUUCAAUCACCAAGAAAUCGAGAUGCAAAUACAGCACAAUGCGAAAACCGUUCAUUCGGGUGAAGCUAGGAAAGCAAGUAUCGGAGACAGGAGUUCUGCAACGCAGGAACCGAAAUAUGGUGAAGCAAUACAAGGGAGGAAGUGCUACCAUUGCUCAAAAUAUGGACACAUAGCACGUGAAUGCCCAUCCCGAAUGGGAAAUGUUAACCAUAGGGAUCGAAAGAAAUUCCCUUCGAAGAAUGAAGAAACAAAGUUGUCUUCCAUAAUAGAGCGAAAUCGUAGUAUGGGGAUGAAAGCUCGACGAAAAAGAUCUGAUGACAGCGAUCUCAUUGGGAAACGGAUAAUGGUCCCUGUGAGACUUCUUGGAGAUCGGUGUACAGCCCUUGUAGACACUGGUUCCAUGAUCAGCAUUAUUCCGUUGAAAGUCCUAGCGAAAGCACAAGAUCGAGGAUGGGAUGUUGACUCUUUGAAGGUAGUGCCGAAGUCAAGGCUAAAACCAGUGUUUGAUGCUUCCAACAAGAGAAUGGACUUCGUUGGCGCAGUUCAUAUCGAAGUUGAAAUGGAUAGUGGGAACACCGAGAUGAUUGCAUUCCAUAUUAGUGCGGACAAGGAAGCAGAGGCUAUCAUUGGAACGAAC